AUUUGUUUAUUACAUAAUGUUUUAGUGUGUUAUCACACAUAUAUAUUUGUUUUAUAAUGAGAAUUUAAUGUAAUGAUAAUAAUGAUCAAAUAGUUAGCACUUUUCAAAAAAACAUCUGAAAACACAAAACAGUCAAACAGCUGAUCAUGUUAUUACCAUAGGAAAUAAGCACUAAAUGUAAGCAUUAUUGGUGGCAAAAUUUUAUAUAAUUUAUUUUUUUAUCACCAUUUAAUAAAUAUCCAGCCUUUGCACCAACCGGCCUGUCCUUCCUUUUUUAAUUCAGAAAACCCUGUUUCUGUGUUGGCGUGCCACUCACAAUAUGGCGGACAGACACGUUCCCCUACUGAGCUCCGUCUUCCGGGUCGAAUGGAACGCGGUACAACGCUUCCUGCUGCUACCAGAAGUAUCGUUGAUACGGGGUCAGGUUCUGGGUUCAACUGGGUCCAGACUGGGACCAGUUCGUCUCCACCGAACAUGGUUUGCUCCUGCGCUUUCCCGGGCUGCGCUAACAGAGCCAACUCCUGGUCGCCGUACAGGUUCCACCGCAUUCCGCUGGCGGACCUCCACCUCCGGAUGUUGUGGCUGUCGGUGCUGGGGAUGGAUGUCAACACGCCGCCAGCCGCGCUGAAGCAUCUCCGCGUCUGCAGCGCUCACUUCACGGAUGAUGAUUACAUCGGGAAGAGGGAGAAUAAUAAAGGACAGCUGCACCUGAAGGAGCACGCGGUCCCAUCCGCCCAGCUUCCUGCAGAGUCCCUGGCAGCCGAUACUGACCCAGAGGUGAAAGGUCAAAGCGUCGACGACCCGCCUGCGUCCGUUCAGAAGCAAACCGUUACUCUGAAAAAACCGAGGACAUCGAAGCCUCCAAAACCUCAGGUGAAGAAUAAAGGAGCCCAGAAUGUCCUGUUGAUUCCUCGGGAUCCCCGCUGUGACGUCAUGAGGCGCUGGCAGCUUUCGGUUCGAGCUCGGCCGUCGUCAGACCCGGCGACGCAAGAAACAGACAGCGACUCCACGGACGCCGUAUCAGAACCGGGAACGUCAAAGGACGCCGGAGAUCAGAAGUCCGUUGACGAAGCUUCACCCGUUGUGUCCGACCACGGAGAGGACGGCAGCGGUGGUGAGAACGAGACGGCAAGUCAGGAGGCCAAAAACGACGAACUUAAAACUGACGAAUCUUCUUCAGAGGCCGCUUCUCCUCGCGAUGUGCUGAAAAUGGUUUACGUUGACGAAUCAGAGGAAAGCAAAGAAAAACCGGAGGAGGAAGAGGAGGAAACGACGGCGGGAGCAGACAUCAGCGAGAUGGACCCCACGACUUAUCUGAAAGAGGACGAAAAACAGACAAACUAUGAAAUAGAAGAGGAAGAUGAGAACAGGAAGGAGGAACAGGAGAACAGGGAGGAGGAACAGGAGAACAAUAAGGAGGAAGAGGAGGAACAGGAAAACAGGAAAGAGGAAGAGGAGGAGCAGCAGAAAACGAGAGAGGAAGAGGAGGAGCAGAAGAACAGGGAGGAGGAAGAGAGCAGGAUGGAGGCGGAGGAAGAGGACAGCAGGACAUCAGAGGAGAAAUCGUUGUUUGCUGCUAAGCUGAGCGCGUCUGCAGCCGACGACCUUGACGAGAUGAUGGACAUCGGGACGGUGGACCAGAUGGAGCAGGAAGCUCUGAUGAAGGAGGAGGAUGAGGAGCAGAACCGUUCACCUACAAACACAAACACAGUUUCCACCCUGGAAGAUGGAAACUCCGCUGAGGAAGAGGAGGAGGGAGCCGACGUGAAACCGUCUGCUUCAGAUUUGAUGCAGUCGAGUUCGUCUCCGUCUCCGUCAGCGGGAAGCACAGGCAGAGACAGCUCCUCCCCUGCUGCCGUGGUAAACGGGAUGAAAGUGGUGAAGUUGUCCUUUCCCAGAUCAGACCCUCAGGAGGGGCAGACAGAGACCGAAGACAGGAAGUCGUCUCCUUCGCCGCCUCUGGCCAAAGUGAAGGACGAGCCGGUGGACGAGGAAUACGAACAGGCGCUGAUUUCCUCCACGUCUACGGCCAGCAUCAAGGACGAACCCGCCAAGGACGACCUGCGGAUCGGCUCGGUGUUCUCCGUGUCGCCGUCUGGAGAAACGCUGCCGUGCGUCAACCCGUCCUCCGUCCACAUGUCCUGCUCCAACUGCAGGAAGAACCUGCUGAAAGGACAGACGGCGUUCCAGAGGAAGGGUUCGCCGGCGCUCUUCUGCUCCACUUCCUGCCUCUCCGCGUCGCUGCCCUCCUCCAAAGGAGCCACCAAGCCCUGCGUCUUCUGCCAAAAGUUGAUCCUCCGGACCCAGGAUGCGGUUCUGGCUCCAGACGCCAACGGCGCCAUGAAGGAGUUCUGCAGCCAGAACUGCGUCACUUCGUUCAACUACAAGAAACACACGCAGAGCAUCCGCGCCGCCGGCGCCGCGCUGUGCAAAGCGCCGCAGACGCAGUCGCUCUGCAGCAUGUGCUCCAGAUUCAGCACCAGCAAACACGAGGUGAUCCUGCGCGGCACCGUCCACAAGAUGUGCAGCGACGCGUGCUUCAACCGCUUCCGCACCGUCAACAACCUGACGAUGGCCGGCUGCGCCAGCUGCGGCUCGUUCUGCCAGAGCAAACCCGUCAUGCUGAAGCUGGAGGACAGCAGCAAGACGCUCUGCAACAUGGACUGCCUGGCCAAAUACAAGGAGAAAACGAAGGUGAUUCUGCCGUGCACGAUGUGCCGCGCGCCACACAUGCUCCCCCAGAUGUUCAGCAACAAAAACAGCGACGAGUCAGUCAACAUGUUCUGCAGCAACAGCUGCUUGAUGGCGUUUAAAGUCCAGAGCGUCAGCUCUUCAGGAGCUCGGUUAAACUGUGACAACUGUGGGAAGAACACGGUUCCUUCGUACCACCUGGCCAUGUCGGACACCUCCAUCAGGAACUUCUGCAGCAUGCCGUGCGUCAUGACGUUCCAGGAAAAGUUCAAGAAGAGCCAGCCGCAGCUGAACGUUUUCACCAAGCUGCCGGUGGGGUCGGCCCAGGCCCAGACCGCCACGCCGACGCAGCUGGUCGACGCGCUGAAGCUCAACUGCUUCCAGUGCGGCCAGGUGGUCACCUCCAAACCGGAGCUCAUCCAGAUAAAGGAUAAAAUAAUUUUCCUGUGCGGUUCCGACUGUUCGAUGGAGUACAAGAAGGCCAACGCUGUGAUGAGUCUGUGUGAAUACUGCAAGAUCGAAAAGAUCACCAGAGAGGCCAAGAGGAUCAACAACAAGGACUGCUACUUCUGCAGCGACGGCUGCAAGCUGCUCUUCAGACACGAGCUGAGUAAGAACUGGGGGAAGCACUGCCACUCGUGCGUCUACUGCCACUGCGUGUCCAAGAAGCUGGUGACGGCCCAGUACGGCGGCUCCAUCGAGGAGUUCUGCUCCGAGGAGUGCCGCUCCAAAUACACCAUGCUGUUCUGCCACGUAGCAAAGUGCGACAGCUGCGGGCGCAAAGGGAAGCUGAAGCAGAGCCUGCCGUUGCUCGGAGAGGUCAAACAUUUCUGUGGCAUCAGCUGUUUGCUCAAGUUCUGCUGCGAUAGGGUGGCGGCCCAGGGCGAAGUCAUCAAAGCUGCAGGCGAGGCCACGCCCGUCAUCGCCAGCGUCAUGUCGCUGGCAGACCAGCCGGCGGGGAGAUCCAAGUCAGCAGACAAACCCACGCACCUCAGCACCAGGUCAAAAACCAAGAGCUCUGGAAAUGUCCAAACAGACACAGUGAAGAUCCAUCCUCCUCCUUCUCCUCUUCCUCCUCCUGCGCCGAAGUUACUGAAGAACAAAGCGCUGCUGUGCAAACCUCUGGUGCAGAACAAAGGAGUUUCCUGCAAAACGCAGACGGCCAGCGUGGAGGCGCAGACCGAAGACGCCUUCCCCAGGGUCCUGGUGCUGCCGGUUCCAGUCCCGGUUUUCGUUCCUGUUCCCAUGAACAUGUACAGCCAGUUCGUCCCCAAACCUCUGAACGUCCCGCUACCUCUGCCGGUUCCGAUGUUCCUCCCCGUGACGAUGAACAGCGCCGAGCGCAUCGUGGAGACCAUCCAGGAGAUCAAGCAGAAGAUCCCGUCGGAUCCGUACGAGGCGGAGCUCAUCCUGAUGGCCGAGAUGGUUGCCGAGGGCGACGAGGAGAAGAGCAGCAAGACGGAGACUCGGAAAGACAAAACAUCGGCGAAAGAGUCGGAAAGCAAAGAGGCUCCUGCACAAGACGAUCAUAUCAGCAACUACAGCGACGACCUGGAUACGGACGACCUGGCCAGUUUCCUGAACAACUGGGAGGAGACGAGCUCCGACGCCGGCCUCAGGCUGCCGGGUCGACAGUACUCCUCUGAAAAGCUGAACCCGGUCCUGGACGCUGCCGCCGCCGCCGUCGUCCCGUCUCCAGAGCCGGAUCUGGAGCCGCUGCCGUCGCAGGGCCCGCCGCCCCUGGACAUCGAAGCGGAUUUCUCCAUCGAAACCCUGGAGAGGAUGGCCCGGCUGAGGGAGCACUGCAACAGAUCCCCGAGUCCGACGCCGGCGCCGAGACGGAAACAAGCCCACAGGAAAGCCCGGGACAAGAGGGGUCGUAAAUCCCAGCGGUUGUCUAAAGCAGCUGAAGAAAGUUCGCCGAGAAGCUCCGCCAAGAAGUCUGUGUCUGCCGAAAUCCUGAAGCUGAAGAGCCAGUACGGCAUCGACGCCUGGAAGUCCUGGAUCCAGUGGAGGCAGACGCAGCCCAACCUGGAGCAGCGCCGCUUCGGCUCACGGCCCCUGGAGCUGAAGGAGGAUCUGCUCCGCUGCACCACGGCUGAACUCAGCUACGGUCUGUGCUGCUUCAUCACCGAGGUGAAGCGACCGAACGGAGAGCCGUACCCCCCCGACAGCCUGUUCUACCUCUGCCUGGGAAUCCAGCAGUAUCUGUUUGAAAACGGUCGAGUGGAGAACAUCUUCAUGGAUCGCUUCUACAGCAAGUUCUCCACAGAUUUCACCAACAUGCUGAAAAGUUUUCAGCCCACCAUCACUCCCAGAGGUUACGUGCAUUCCCGCGUGGAGGAGGAGUUCCUGUGGGGGUGCAAGCAGCUGGGGGCGUACUCCCCUAUCGUCCUCCUCAACACGCUGCUCUUCUUCUCCUGCAAAUACUUUGGCUUCACCACGGUGGAGCAGCACCGCCAGCUGUCGUUUGCCCACGUCAUGCGCUGCACCAAAACCAACCCGGACAACAGCAAGACCACCUUCCUGCGCUUCUACCCGCCCAUUCCUGUAAACGAAGCAGAGUCAGAUCCAGAUGGAGUUCCAGCAAAGAGGCGUAAAGAGGAAGAGAGUAAAGAGGAAAUCCUGGAGAUGAUGGAGAACACGGAGAACCCACUUCGCUGUCCAGUCAGACUUUAUGAGUUUUACCUCUCCAAGUGCUCGGAGUCGGUGAAGCAGCGCACCAACAUGUUCUACCUUCACCCUGAGCGUUGCUGCGUCCCGAACAGCCCACUGUGGUUCUCGUCCACGCCUCUGGACGACAACACCAUGGAGUCCAUGCUGAUCCGCAUCCUCACCGUCAGAGAGCUUCAUCUCAGGACCAAGAAAGACCAGCCUGUGGUUUCUGACCCGCCUUUUAUACCUGAAGAAGAGGAUGAAGACUCUGAGUGAUUUAAAAAAAAAAGAACCGAAGUGACCUUUUCGUGGUUUUGCAACUGGCUGUCUAAAUGUAAAUAAACGUAAAUGUUCACUACAACUUGUUCUCGGUAACUCACGAUAGCAGUAUGCUGAGCUGGAGAAAAGUUCCUUUCCUAAACUCUGUUGAGCGAGAGUUGCACAUUUUCAAACGCACACUGUUUCUGCAGACUGUUCAGCUCGCAGACUGUUUACUGCUGCUCAAAGAUGAAGACACAAAGCUCAUCGGUUUAGUUGCAUCUUGUUGCUUUCGGUUUCCUUCCAGGUAUUAUGAUUCCUAACAUUUCAGUGCACGCAAGUCUGCCGUGUUUUUUUUAUUUGAAAGAUAAAUAAUGAAUGGUCUGCAGUAAAUCUGGAAAUAUACAAAACCUAAAUUCUGAGUUUGUUUCUGGAGCUGUUGGCCCAGUAACAAGAACUGAAAUCGUCUAUGAUCUUUAUUCACUUUAAUUGCAUUAAGGUUUUUUUAACUCCUGAAAAUGAUGUGAUAUCUUUAAAUCUAAAGAUGCAUGUUAGAUUUUAAUUUUGGAGUGAUGGUGUCCUGGCUGUUUUAGAUGUGCACCUGCUGCAAAAUAUCAAAUUCAAAUCUCUAAACUAGUACAAAAGGUUAAUCAUUUAAAUCAAGUAAUUGAGACCAUAAAAGUCUAAAACAUGCAGGGUACCAGCCACGAAAAAAAAGAAACAAUCCCAGAGGCCUUUUCACACAACUGUCAAAUUUUGUUGUAUUAUAAAAACUAAGCCAGUAUCACAGGCUGAAAUGAGACCAUAAUGAUAAAUAGUAAUGAGGGUACUGGGAGCUAAUCCAAAGAUGUUUGUUCUCUAACAUCUUGAGAAUAAGAAGCAAUUUGAAUGUAACUGAAGGAUUGGUAAAUUGUAAAAGGAAGAGCAAAUACUAACCUGAAACACAAUAUUUUUGCCAUUUUGAUAUGAGUUUUUGGUAUUUUUUGGGAUAUUGUUGAAUCCAAAAUGAGUCCGGGGAUCAUAAUGCUGGGUAACUGCAGCAAGCUAUGUGUAUCUUGGUUAUUUUAACCUCCUGUCCUUAGAUUAUAGUUGUCUGUUUUAUAUUGUUUGUUCUCUUUUUAAUAAAAUAAUGUCUUAAAUUGAA